AUGGGGAACGGCCAAUCUCGCGACGGGUUUGCGGAUGUGUUGCCCUCCGGGUCGGCGGCGAAAGUCUCUGGGACGACGAAGUCUGACGCACCAUCGAUUUCCGAGGCGUGGACUGCUGGAUCGCGUUCCUCAACUGCAGGAGAAGAUGGUGCAGAACAUGUUGCUAAAGCUCCACCGCUUGUCGGGAAAAUCGUCCCUCCUGGUCACGCGUUGCAACUGGAAGAGAACACAACUUCUCGUCUGAGUCUCGAAGCGCAAGAAGUUGUCCGAGCUUUCAACGUGCCCCAACGGAUUGAAGAAGACCGAUUUGUGAUACCUGAGAGUGUGCGGAAGUCCCGGACGUUGGAUGCAUAUGCUGACGUGUGCUCGGAGAUUUUACCGGGAUUCCUAUACGUGAGCAACCUUCAGGUGGCACGGGAUACAAACAAACUACGCGCGUUGGGCAUCACCCACGUGAUCAAUUGCUGCGGAGAGCUGAAGCAUUACGAAGAUGGAGUUGAUCAGCCUGCAAGUUCCCCCAGUGACUCGGAGGUUCACCUUUUGAAGCUGUUGCUGCGAGAUGAUGCAAACGAAGACCUGACGCCGUUUCUUCCCCAAGUAAUGGAGUUCAUCGCCGCCUGCAGACAGAGAGAGUCAUCCCAUGGGGAGGAUAGUGCUAAAGGACAGAAGGUGUUGGUGCACUGUCAUCAGGGAGUUUCUCGCUCUUGUGCCUUUGCAAUUGCCUACGUGAUGCUGGAGCAGAGACUGUCGUACCACGAAGCUGCAGCCCUGGUGAAGCGCCAACGAGCGAUCUCGAGUCCUAACGCAGCAUUUAUCUGCCAGCUUCUGGAGUGGGAGAAGGACCUGCAGGUGAUGAAAUCACAAGGCAACUGUUCGACUGCGUUCGUACUGAAUGGACUCUACCGCUUGACGCCACAUUCCAGUUACGACUCUGAGUCUUUCGUGCUCAAGCGUUGCUAUGAUCCAAGCGCUGGCUCGGCUCGGCAGCGACAAAAUAUCGCCACUGUUCGAACACCUGAAGACGGGCAGCGUCUGCUCUGGUCUCGCGGCACUUUUGUCUUUCAAAACCCUUCGAGUUCUAGUCAGUUGACUAUUUGGCAUGGAUCAAAAUGCGAGAUCCAGGACGCCAAGGCGAUGGCAAAGAAACUUGUAGAAGAAGACGCUGAGGGCCACAAAGGAACCGCCUGUGAUCAUUUCGGUUAUGCCGCUGAGCUCCAGUGGGGUCGGGAUUCGAUACCUAAACUGCCAGCAAUGUUCCUGCCGACGAAUGGGGACUCUAGAAAUCCCACAAGUACAGACGAAGACGUGCCAGUUGCACCGCAGUUGUUUAUAUUGGAAGCUGUCGACGAAGAAGAGGGCCAAGAUGAGUGGGAGCUGUUAACGAAUUACGACUCGGAGGACCUUACACCAGACAGUGCUUUCCUGCUUUGCUCUAUCCAGCCACACGGAGUUGCUCAAGGUUACUUGUGGCUUGGCGCCAGUUGCAGCUUUACCCCAGAAUCUGUUGCCAAUGCCGCUCAGAAGCAGCUUCGGAAUCUCCAAAACCCGCCAACUUUAUCACCAACGACUUCACUAGCCAUUGAGCGUCAGAACCAGGAAAGCGAUGCGUUCUGGCAGCUCUUUGAAGCCGGUUACUAG